CCACAUUUUUACUUAAGGAUCAAAUGGCGUUUUUGCACUAACACGUACAUAAUCGCUAAUGUUGUUUCACUUUCAGCCAAUGUUUUUAAGUUAGGUUUCAGUGGGUCAGAGAUCAUCUGUCGAACUGUUAAUCCUUAUAAGUGGUUUUUGUUUGGCAGGAGAAGUACCCAGACGUGGUCAGCCUUCCUGAAGGAUGCAGAUCUGAGCUUAUGAUCAUGCGAAGUCCUAAACUGCCUGGGGUCUCCAUGACUAUAUUUUGGAAGAUUGAUGUUUCCAAGGAAGGACUGGUAAAACCAUCACUGGAGCUCCUUUUGAAGAUGCCAGAUCAGGCUCAAGAACUGGACACAAAGAAAGUGAUGGAAAGCGGGUCUGAUCACUUCAAGAGCCUCCUGAAGAUCCUAGGGGUGGAGGCAUCGAUCGAGGGUUUGAUAAGAACCUUAUGUCUGUAAAAAGUCAAAGAAAACUCACACAACAUGUACACGAUGAGCGCUUCAUAUCGAAUCAUUUUAUUCCAUAUAAACUCCUGUACAAUCACCCAUUAUAUAUACUACAUGUUUAUGCCAUCUUUGUCAAUCGUGUUACGUAUGAUAUGCUCACACUUUAUGUAAAAUACAUCAUUAGACAAGAGCUAGAAAAAUAAAUACUUUUAAAUACAAAA